CUCUCAGCUGAGAGGCAGAGAGCACGUUGGGAAAACAUUUUCAAAGAAGCCAAAGGGCUCUUCAUCUGCAGCCAGCAGCUCUCCCUCACAACAACACUCCUCUGUCGCCUAACAACACAGCAGCCAUGACUGAGAGACAUAUCCCUUUCACCCUGCUCCGCACCCCAAGCUGGGACCCAUUCCGUGACUGGCACCAGAGCAGCCGCAUCUUCGACCAGACCUUCGGCAUGCCCGCCGUGCCGGAGGACUUCACCACAUUCCCCAGCACCCACUGGCCGGGAUACCUGCGGCCCUCCAUCCUAACCCCGGAGAUGACCGGCAUGAUCCCCCAUACCCCCAUGAUGUACCCCGGAGCCGUGAUGGCCCAGCAGGCUCGUGCCCUGUCCCGCCAGAUGAGCAGUGGCAUGUCAGAGAUCAAGCAGACCCAAGACAGCUGGAAGGUGUCCCUGGAUGUCAACCACUUCUCGCCUGAGGAGCUGGUGGUGAAGACCAAGGACAAUGUGGUGGAGAUCACUGGCAAACACGAGGAGAGGAAGGACGAGCACGGUUUUGUGUCCAGAUGCUUCACCAGGAAAUACACCCUCCCCUCUACAGCUAACAUUGAAAAGGUGACCUCCUCCCUGUCUCCUGAGGGGGUGCUCACCAUCGAGGCUCCUUUGAUCAGACCAGCCAUUGAGGCCUCAGAGACCACAAUACCAGUCACCGUGGACACCAAAGGUGGCGUGGUGAAGAAGUAGGAAGAAAACCAGCACAGUGUCUCCCUCAUCACAUGCAUACACACACACAUUCAAUUCAAUUCAAAUAACCACUUUACUUCUAAAAAGUACUUCCAGAAAGGUGAGGAGGCAGCUGAUCACUCUCACUAAAGUAGGCUUGUUCACACAGCAGAGUCUCCCCUCUGUCUCUGAUAAUGAGCCAGCCCCAGCUGAGAGCGCUGUGUAAACACAUCUGCACCAGUGCCAUAUGCCUUCUCUUUCUGCUGUAAUUACACUCUUCAACUGAAUGUAGGAAAUCUCGGCUUAUCCCCGCUCAUAGCUUUCUUUCUUUCACUCCCUCACUUUCACACACACACACUCACACACCUUUCUCAUUUCUGUUGAGCAAAUCCCUGUCAUGCUGCCUCCACACACUAAAGACUGUAACAACAGUGAUCAUAUAAAUUAAGGAACCAAGGUCCCAGGAGAGCGUACACACCACCACUCUAUGUGCAGAGCAGUGCCUGCUAGCGAUCACUCUGUGGUCUCCCUGGACUGGUUUCAUCUGUAGUUGCCUUUGGAAACUACUCAAUCAUGCAAACAGAGAAUAAAGAACAAACAACA